AUGGGUUUUGGAACUCAAUUACGUUUGUUAUUAUGGAAGAAUUUUAUGCUGAGGAAAAGACAUCCUUUAAGAGUGAUAAUAGAACUAUGCUGGCCAUUGUGUUUAUUUCUUAUCUUAGUCUUAGUGAAGACCAGACCAGAUUUAGAAGAGAAUGUACCAGAAUGCCAUUUUGAUGGAAAGGCUAUGCCUUCAUCUGGAUUACUUCCAUUUCUACAGUCCUAUUUAUGUACCUACAACAACACUUGUCAUAUGAAAGUAACAGAAGAUGAAACAGCUGGUGAUGUCACUGGUUUUAACAAUUCAUUGUUGACACGAUUUGUUAAUGAUAUAGAAACUAUUCUGUCUAGUAAUAUAGAUAGAAAUGAAAUCGCUAGGGCUUUAGAAGAUUUGAGUAAUUUACAGAAACUCUUGUCUAUGAUAAGAAAUGGUGAAAUAAAACUAGGGAAUCUAUUGGUUGAUCCUGAUAGAUUACGAGAACAAGUAGCCAAUCAGAGCAUAGAUUUAUCAGAAGAGUCUUUAGAUCUUUUGUUAAAUGGAUCCAUAUCCUUAGACAAGGUAAACUCUUUUUUAUUGAUCUGUAACUUAACUCAACUACAGGCUCAAGAACUGUAUGAUGACUUUAUGGCUGAAUACAACUCAACAUAUGCCUUUAAUGAAGUAAGUUUUUUAUCAUACAUUAUCUUUCAGAUUAUGAAAUUAGAAAGUUUAUCAUACAAUAUCUUUCAGAUCAUGAAAUUAGAAAGUUUAUCAUACAAUAUCUUUCAGAUCAUGAAAUUAGAAAGUUUAUCAUACAAUAUCUUUCAGAUCAUGAAAUUAGAAAGUUUAUCAUACAAUAUCUUUCAGAUCAUGAAAUUGGAAAGUUUAGAGUUUAUUCUGAAUGAUUAUGAACGAAUACAGAAUGAUUUUAGAAAUAGUAAUAUGACAGGGGGUAAUGGUACUCGAAAUCUUCUGGAAUCCAUGGGAACACUAUUAUGUGGACGCUCUCAAACCUUCGUGAAUUUAAAUAAUGCUGACCGCCUGGGUGGUUCUAAUAAUUUCUUUGGUGAGAUAUUUAAUGCCUAUUGUGUUAUUUUAGCUCCAUUCUGUCAAGAUGUGUUUGUAUCUAUCGAAAGCAACAAUUUAUUCAGCAUUGUAUGGAGGUAUUUGAAACCUAUUGUAUUAGGUGUUAUACCUUAUACCCCUGAUACACCUCGAGUUCAAGAAAUUAUUAGACUGGCCAAUCAGACAUUUUUAGAUAUCUCUGAACUGAUUAACCUAGCUGAUGAUUGGGAUAGGUUAUUACCACAGAUAUAUAACUACUUAAACGGUCCAAAUAUAGAUUUUAUCAGGGUAAGACUAAUGGGAGACAGGUUUAACCUGAGUGGUAUUCCCACUUUAAAUCGUGACUUUAAGAUAUGUGAAUAUAUUGGAAGGUUUAUAUAUAAUGGAGAAGAUGAGAGUGGUUAUGAUUGGAGAGAUUCUCUCAACUAUACUGACAUACAACUACAGACUUUAAAGAAAUAUCUACAGUGUUUUAAAUUUGAUAAGUUUAUACCAUAUAAAGAUGAGACAUCUCUAACUAUAGAUUCAGUUAAACUAACUAGUAAUAAUACAUUAUUGGCUGCUUUGGUAUUUAAUGAAAUUGAUGAUAACACAACCCACAUUAAGUAUAAAAUACGUAUGAACUCAGAUAACGUAGAUAGUACCAAGAAUAUUCAAGACAGAUAUUGGAGACCAGGAGCUAGAGCUAGCCCUACACAAGAUUUAAAAUAUGUUAUGUUUGGUUUCGCCUUUAUACAAGAUAUGGUGGACCAUGCUAUAAUACAAGUACAGACUGGAGAACCAUCUAGAAUCGGUGUUGUUUUACAACAGUUUCCAUAUCCAUGUUAUAUCAAUGACAAAUUCACUCGUACAAUAUCUAGAACUAUACCAUUAUUUAUGGUUAUUAGUUGGAUCUAUACGGUAGCCAUGUUGGUUAAAGGUAUUGUGUAUGAGAAGGAGGAAAGGUUAAAGGAGGUCAUGAAGAUUAUGGGACUAAGUAAUGGAGUACAUUGGUUAGCUUGGUUUAUUAAUGCCUUUAUAAUGAUGUUUAUAACUGUAGUCAUACUGGUACUUAUUUUAAAGUAUGGUGGUAUAUUAGAGUACUCAGAUCCAACUGUAAUACUGGUGUUCCUAUUGGCCUUCACCUUCUCUACCAUAAUGCUGUGUUUCUUCAUCAGUACUUUGUUCUCGAAGGCCAAUUUAUCAGCUGUCUGUGGUGCCUUUAUAUACUUCAUGUUAUAUCUUCCCUACACAUUUAUUACUAGAUGGGAAGAAAUUAUGACCACUUCUCAAAAAGCAGCUCUGUCUCUCGCUAACUGUGUACCACUAGGAUUUGGAUGUAGUUAUAUAUCUAGAUAUGAAGAACAAGCUAUAGGUAUACAAUGGAGUAAUAUUGCCAGUAGCCCUAUGGUGGAUGAUGGUUUUAAUAUGCAGUAUUGUAUUGGUAUGAUGAUUAUAGAUGGUAUAUUAUAUGGUAUUUUAACAUGGUAUAUUGAGGCGGUAUUCCCUGGACAAUUUGGUAUUCCAAAGAAAUUCUAUUUCUUCAUACAGAAAUCGUACUGGUUUGGUGCUCAGUAUAAUGUGGAUUCUGAAAGUCCUGUUGAAGCCAUGCAGUUAGGCUCAGAACCCAGAGAUAAAUCGGUGGGUGUAGGAAUACGUAAUCUGAGAAAAGUUUACUCCACUGGAAAGAAAGUUGCUGUUGAUGGUUUGUCAUUGAAUUUCUAUGAAGACCAAAUCACAUCUUUCUUAGGACAUAAUGGUGCUGGUAAAACCACAACAAUGUCAAUAUUAACUGGUCUGUUCCCACCAACUGAAGGUACAGCCUAUAUUUAUGGUAAAGAUAUUAGAACUGAUAUGGAUGAUAUUAGAAACAGUAUAGGAAUGUGUCCACAACAUAACGUCUUAUUUGACAGAUUGACUGUAGAGGAACAUAUUUGGUUCUAUGCCAGUUUAAAGGGUUGUACUAAACAGCAAGUACAGACUGAAAUGCCCAAAAUUAUCGAAGAUGUUGGUUUAGUUAAUAAAACUAAAGAAAUGUCCAGGAACCUAUCAGGUGGUAUGAAAAGAAAGUUAUCUGUAGCUAUAGCGUUUGUUGGGGGAUCUAAAACUGUGAUAUUAGAUGAACCUACUGCUGGUGUUGAUCCAUAUGCUAGAAGAGCCAUCUGGGAAUUACUUCUAAAACUAAGAAAAGGACGAACUAUAAUCUUGUCUACACAUCAUAUGGACGAAGCUGAUAUUCUGGGAGACCGAAUAGCCAUCAUCUCCCAUGGUAAACUGUGUUGUUGUGGCUCUAGUUUGUUUUUAAAGAGUAAAUUUGGCAGUGGUUAUUACCUGACACUGGUAAAACAAGAUGGAAAUGGUGCAGUCAAUGUUGAUGAUGAUGAUGAUGAAGAUGGUUUGAAGAAAGCUUUAAAUGAUGAUGAUGGAUUGAGACCUUCUACUGCUGAUGUUGAUGAAGGUUUUGGUGAAAGUAAUGGAAGUACAACAGGAAGUUUGUCUGUCGGUAGAAUAACAGGAUUUGUACAGAAAUAUGUCAAGAAUGCUCAACUGGUAGAAGAUAAUUCUACAGAAUUGUGCUACCAACUACCUACUGAAGCCAUGUCUUCUGGUGAUUUUGAGGCUUUAUUUACCCAACUUGAAAGAAGUCAUCAUGAAUUGGGAAUAGACAGUUUUGGUUUGUCAGACACCAGUUUAGAAGAGGUAUUUUUGGCAGUAGCUGAUGAGACCAAUGUUGAUGAUUUAACUGAUGAAGCUACAAGAAACAACUUUAGGAAGAAGAAAAAGUUUAAUUUUCUACGGAACAGAAGAAGUCGUAUUGAACAUACUGAACUAGUAGAAGAUACUGAUGAUAAUGUUUCUAUUGCCUCCAGUACCUUAGAGAAUAGAGUUGGAUUUGCUAAUUCUGGUGUUCAGAAACUUCAUGGCUGGUCUCUUAUAUUCAAUCAGUUUCUGGCUUUAUUUAUCAAACGAUUCCACCAUGUCAGACGCAGCAAGAAAGGUUUUGUUUGUGAGAUCAUUCUACCAGCUGGAUUUGUUGCUCUAGCUAUAGCUUUUAGUUUAAUUCUACCACCAUUGGUAACAGAACCUCCAUUAGAACUACAUCCAUGGUUAUAUGUACCUAAAAAAUCAGAGCCAAAUCUCUACAUGUUUUAUUCAAAUGAUAAUCCAAGAAGUACCUUAGCUAAUAGUUUAGAACAGGCAUUACUAAGUAAACCCUGGGUUGGUACUAGAUGUAUGAAUCCUGAUGUUUAUUCUAUAGAUGGUUAUCCAUGUGAAGGUUCUUCUAAUUCACAGUACCUCAAAUGGACAGAAAGACCUAAAAUGACUGGUAAUCUGACUAUUGAUUCACCAUCAUGUGAUUGUUCGCGAGGUUUUCCAGACUGUCCAAAAGGUGCUGGUGGUCCGACACCCUCUAUGAGUUAUUUACCUACAACUGAUUACCUGUAUAAUAUGACAGCACGUAACAUUAGUGACUGGCUACUGGCACACAUUCCCUCUUUUUCAAUUUGCUUUGACAUGUUUAUCUUUCAUUAUAGAUAUGCUGGUAUUUCAUUUGGUGACAUCAAUCCCUUAGCAGACGUCAACUCCAGUCAAAUUGUUGAUAUUAUUAAUAGACUAUCUGAAGCAGCUAAUGGCGGUCAACCUAUAGUGAAUAAUUCAUUUUUAACAGACAUAGACACACUGGCUAGAGGCUUUUUAACAAGAAAUGUGGCUAAGGUAUGGUACAAUAAUAAGGGUUGGGCAUCAUCUGUAUCCUAUAUGAAUGUAUUGAAUAACAUGAUAUUAAGAAGUAAACUACCAGCGAAUAAAGAUCCAGCAGACUAUGGUAUCACCACUAUAAAUCAUCCCAUGGCAUACAAUCAAAAACAAUUCAGUGCUGAAGCUAUAUUAACCAGUGUAAUAGAUCUGAUAGUGGCUAUCUGUGUGAUAUUUGCCAUGUCUUUUAUACCAGCCAGUUUCUUAAUAUUCCUUAUUGAAGAAAGAGUCAGUGAUAGUAAACAUAUGCAGUUUGUUAGUGGUAUUAAUCCUACUAUAUAUUGGAUAUCAACGUUUGCCUGGGAUAUGGUGAAUUAUUUAGUACCAGCCACAUUAUGUGUGUUAAUAUUUUUGGCCUUCGACCAGGAAUCAUAUGUUUCUGCUUCUAAUUUCCCAUGUUUACUGGCUUUGUUGUUCUUAUAUGGUUGGGCUAUUAUUCCAUUGAUGUAUCCAUUCUCAAGACUGUUCAGUGUGUCUAGUUCAGCUUUUGUAACAAUAUCAUGUGCCAACGUAUUCCUUGGUGUAGUGUCCACCUUGUCUACUUUCAUAGUAGAAUUACUAGAACAAUCAGAUAAGGAAUUGGCUGAUAUUAAUACGAUAUUAAAAUCAGUAUUUCUAGUUCUACCACAUUAUUGUCUAGGCCGGGGUUUGAUUGAUAUGACACGUAAUCAACUACAGUAUGAUCUCACCAAACAAUUCUUUCCUGAUGCCAAACCUUCCAAUAUCUUAGCUUGGGAUUUAGUUGGUCGUAAUUUAUUUAGUUUAGCCAUGUUAGGUAUUUUCUUCUUUAUCUUAAAUUGGCUUAUUGAAUACAGAUUCUUUAUCAAACCAAGGUAUGUAAAAGAAAGUGAGGAUACCAAUGAAGAUAUAGAUGUCUCAAGAGAAAAACAAAGAGUGCUAUCAGGAGAGGCAGACAAUGAUGUUUUAGUUCUGAAAAACCUUUCAAAGGUAUUUUAUGGAGCAAGGAGGAAGAAAUUGAAGGCUGUAGACAAUCUAUGUGUUGGUGUACCAAGAGGACAAUGUUUUGGUUUAUUGGGUGUCAAUGGAGCAGGAAAGACCACAACAUUUAAAAUGUUAACAGGAGAUGUCCCUAUUACUGGUGGAGCUGCUCACAUCUGUCAGAAGAGUGUAUUAAAAGAGAAGAAUGAUGUAAGACAGCUUAUGGGUUAUUGUCCACAAUUUGAUGCUCUAGAUAGCUUAUUGACUGGUAGAGAACAUCUAGAGUUUUAUGCUAGAGUUCGUGGUAUUGAUAGAUCUGAUGUUAAACAGGUAGCUGAUUGGGCCAUUAGAAAGCUAGGUUUGGUACAGUAUGCUGAUAAGUCAGCUGGUACAUACUCUGGUGGUAAUAAACGUAAACUCUCUACAGCUAUAUCAUUGAUUGGUAAUCCACAGAUAAUAUUCUUGGAUGAACCAACAACUGGUAUGGAUCCUAAAGCUAGAAGAUUCUUAUGGAAUUGUAUAACUGAUAUUGUUAAAGAUGGUAGAUCUGUUAUAUUAACAUCUCAUAGUAUGGAAGAAUGUGAAGCACUAUGUGGUAGAUUAGUUAUUAUGGUUAAUGGUAAAUUUAAAUGUAUUGGUAGUACACAACAUCUCAAAAAUAGAUUUGGUGAUGGUUAUACUCUAACAAUAAGAAUCUCAGGUCAAACACCAAAUAUGGAACCUAUAAAACAAUAUAUCAUGGAACACUUCUCACAAGCUGUGCUCCUAGAACAACAUAAUAACAUGGUUCAGUAUCAACUAAAGACCAGCUCCCUAUCAUUAGCCAAAUUAUUUAGUUCUCUCCAAUCAGCCAAACAAGAAUAUCACAUAGAAGAUUAUUCUGUUACACAAACCACCUUAGAUCAAGUAUUUAUUAACUUUGCCAAGAAACAGACAGAUAUUGAAGAGACUGUUGAUAACGAACUAGAUAUAGAACUCAGAGAACCAAGAUCUAAUGCGAUGUAUGAUGAAUACAGUUUAACUGGUAGUACUGCAGAAUUAGUACGUCCAGAUAACUUUAGAAGUAGUAUUCGUUCCUCAGAUAGUAGAGGUUCUCAGAUGGCUGAUGUCUCAGUCGCCUAAAUUUAGAGAUAUUUUUUUUUUAAUUUUGAUAGUACUUAAUUUGGAUGUAUUUUUCUUUUUUUUUUUUUAUAUUUGCUGAACCAGCUGAAAUAGCUCGUUUUACGCUAUUCAAACCAUUUUGUAGAAUAAAAUUACAUCUACCAUUAAAGAAAAACAUGCAGGCAAAAAUGAUUUCAUGUCUAUUUUGAUUGGAUUGUACUUUUAUAAAUACAGCCAAUCAGAGGCCUCGACAGAAAGUCUGUGAACACAAAGACGUUGGAUUGCCAUUUUUGGUGUUAAUUUGGGUCUUGAAUAUAUUUAUAUUUAAAUAGUCUUCAGAAGUACAAGAAAUGUACGAAAAUCAUAUAACUCCUUCUAAAAUAUCUCCAACAAGAAAUUUCACUUUCUAUUUCUAUAGAUGUCUUUUCUACAUAUUGAAAAUUGGAAUGGUGGAAAUUGAUGCUAUCAGUGUCCCUGAUACACAUAAAAAUUUAGAUAACCUCUUUACAACGCCUUUAAAUGCUUUCUACAUAUAAUAUUCUACUAACAUAAAUUGUCUAAUUAAGGUGGAAAAAAUACAUGCAGUUAAUGAUUUAUCUUUGUCAGGGGCUAUUUAUCUUUUUUAUUUUAUGGAAACUGUUCAGAAAACAUGUAUUUUUUCCCUUCUAUUCAUUCAUUUCAAUUUCUUCCUCAUUUUGUUCCAAACAAAGAACACAACUUUAAAUAAACAAAUUAUACUUUAAGGUGAACUACCUCUAAUAAUGAUAAAAAAAUUGAAACUUUAAAACUUGAUUAAAAUGAGUCUUUGCACAUCAGUGUACUUGACAAAGGUCAAGAUAUGAAAACUGACUUGUAUACCCUUGAGUUAUCAGGUUUUAUUUGAAUUUGUCAUAUUAAGAUUAUUGAAGAAAUCCAUAGAAAUAAAGCGCAAAACAAGUGCAUUAUUAACUAGGCAUUGACAAAGGUUUAAAUAUGGCUUAUCCACUUUAGACUUACUCAGAUAUUUUUUUUCUCUUGUGAUUUUGUUAUAUAUUUUGUGACAUUUUUCUUUUGCUCAAGUUUUUCUUGCACUAAUUUAUACAUAAUAGUUUUAUUUUAGGUUAUAAAUUGUGUGUGAUUUAAAUGUAAUAAUGCACCAUGUGAUAGUAAAAUUUACUAUUAUUAUUAUUAUUAUUAUUAUUAUUAUUCUGUGAUGUUUUGACUGUUUACUUGGAUAAUAAAAGUAUGACAUUAU